AUGGAGCUGCGAUUCCCUUCCAUCAACACGGUAGUUUUGCAGGACCGGACGUCGUUGCCGGUUCAGAUGAUGCGGAGGGGAGUCGCCACAGUUAAGCUUCCAGUGCCAUCUGGCGUCGAGCUGACUCUAAGCAGGGGCAAACUCGGCGAUGUGCUGUACAAGCCGACCACAGAUUUCCUGCGCUGGGGGCCGUGCGUGCGCGUCAUGAUGCCCAGUUACAACGACCUGCACGACCCGCACCUGCGGCACUACUUCCAGAGGAAGGAGCUGAAUGACCGGCUCAGAAGAUUAAAUUUAGUUACGGAAGACAAUGAGGUGAUAUGCUCUUUGAAGGACUACAACACCUAUGAGGAAUAUCUACGGGGGCUCAAGAUGGUUGCUGACCACACCUACGACGAGGCCCAGAGCAACAAGAUGAAGAAAGUUAUGAAGCUGCAAGAGAAGGGUCGGAUCCCGGGGGAUUUCACCCUCACUGAAGUGAUGGACGUGCUGCUGGAUGAAGACUCACGGGAACUGAGACAGCUGUUGCAGGCCGAGGCAGCCAACAAAAAAAUUAGAUUGAGGAGACAAGAAGAGGAAGAAAAGUACAAAAGGCAGGAUGAGGAGGACUUCUACACAGAACUGGACCUGUACAGCUGGAAGGCGGAGGACCGCGCGCGGCUCAUGAUGAUCGAGAAGCAGCUGAGGCACGAGCAGAACCGCCUGCGCUACCAGAAGGAGAUCCGGCAGGAGAGGGACAGAAAGAAACAAGCCGCGCUGCAGCGGAAAUGUCUGAACGAGCAGAGGAGGAUGGAGGUGGAGAUAGAGGCAGCUAAGGACCCCGUUUUGGACAAGUACAACUCCAGACUCCUGAAGAACAUGUUCCGGGAGCCACCAAAGGGGGAGCCGCAGUACCUGCUGCCAAGGAGGUCACACAUGGAGAGGCCCAUCCUACGGUCCACGCUGGCAAAGGUUUACGGCCAAAGACCAGCAAGACCAGAUUUAAAACAAGCUGCACUGGACCAGCAGUAUGCCCUGCAGCAGAAGAUGCUCUCGAAGGAGUCUGAGAGGAUGAGGCUGCGGGCCGAAGAGACGAGGCCGCAGGCGGAGCCCCGGGACCCGCGGCCAAUGAGGUCGUGCGUAAAGCUGCCAGCUCUGCAGUCACACCUCACAAAACUGUACGGGAGCAAGGAGAACGGCGCCAACCCCAAACGGGCGAGACGGGACCAGAAACGCACAAACCAACAGAGAUGGCUGCCGAAGAUAUACAGCUAAGCAUUCUGG